UGCGGUAGCAAUUGGGCGGCAAGCCGGCAACGGCCGAACCCCCCCUUACACAAGAGCAGAAUACACCACAAUAACCUUGCGUAAUUGGACAAUCGCCUCGAAUCUCGUUUCCCCCGAAUCAAGGACGGCGGCAUUCGAGCGGGAGUAGGGAGUACGCGUCGUGGUCGCACUUGCGGCUCAGACACGAGCUCGCAAUGGCGGACUCAGUCGACCGCGUGUUUGUGCACGCACUCAACACUGUCAAGAAGAUCCCCAAAACCGGAGCAUCACGACCACCGCCCAAUGACCGGCUACGUCUAUAUGGCCUAUACAAACAAGCAAUGGAGGGUGAUGUGGAUGGCGUGAUGGAGCGACCACGGCCAGGCAACGGUCUAGAUCCCGACGAACUGCAACGCGAGAGGGAUAAGUGGGAUGCAUGGAAUAUUCAGAGUGGCAUCAGUCGUACCGAAGCUAAGAGGCGGUAUGUUGAGGCCCUCAUCGAUACCAUGCAUCGUUAUGCCAAUACUCCAGACGCACUGGAGCUUGUUGGCGAGCUCGAGUUCGUGUGGAAUCAGAUCAAAAGCAAUAGCCCCUCGUCAUCAAAUUCGUCACCAAAGGAUCGCUCCUCCUUUGUGGAACCACAGCGUUUCCAACAACCGCUGAGCGGAACCGAGGGUCCUAUGAAAGUAUUAAGCCCGAUGAGCGAGGAUGAUGCAGCGGAACAUCGAUACCGGGAUCGAGAAGAGGACGAGGGCGAAGGAGAUUACGUUAAGAAAGGGGAUCGUUGGUCACGUAAGGUCGAAAGGGCACUUAUGCGCUUAUCUGCGGAGAUAGCAGCAUUGCGAGAACAAAUUACAACAGGGCGAGAAUGGAGAACAAAGAAAGAGAAAAGUAUCCCGGCACGGGCUGGCGGGCUACUAUUGCUUAUCGUAAAGCAUUUUGCUGUCGACGUCUUCAUCCUUGCUCUUAUCUUGAUAUGGAUGCGGAAGCGAAAGGAUCGACGACUUGAAGAUCAGGUUCGAGCAAUUCUUCGAAUAGUGCGCGAGUACGCUGGAAAGAUGCUCCCGUCUAGGUGAUAAUAAGCCUCAUCCGUGGAGGCUAAAUUGUUUUACUAAAGAGGUGGAUCUGUGGCGUCUUCGGAGGCUUAUUCGCCCUGCACACCACCGACAACGACCAAUCUCGUCCGAG